GUGUGAGAGAGAGAGAGAGCAGAGAGGGAAUCAAACUGACGACCUUCAUUUAUCUGAGAGAACGAGCAGCAUCGGUCCAUUGGAGAGAAACAGGUCUGAAAUCUUCUUCCUCUUCUUCUCCUCGAGGUGUGUGUCUCCAUGGCGUUGGGUGAUUAUGCGUUUCUGGCUGUUUAUAUCAGUGUGUGUGUGACGUUUAACCUCGACACGUCGUUCCCACUGCUGAAGACGGGCGGAGAUGGGAGUCUGUUUGGUCUGUCUGUCGCCCUGCACCAAGACCUGAAGACAGACACCUACCUGCUAUUGGUUGGAGCUCCUAGGGAGAAGGCGGAGCCUGAUGUUCUAGCUAAUCGGACAGGAGGAGUAUACAGCUGCCCGAUCUCCAUGGACCAAUCAGACUGCAGCAGGAUGAAGCUCAUACAUCCUGAUGUGAACCCAUCUGAGGACCUGAUUGAAGACAUGUGGCUCGGUGUCUCAGUAGCCAGUCAGGUCCGACCUGGCGGGAGGGUCCUGGCAUGUGGUCAUCGCUUUGUUAAACUCUAUGGACCAUUAGAAGUCAGGCAGAUGAUUGGCCGAUGUUAUCUCCUUGGAAACGACCUGCAGUUCAACGAGAGUGACAUGAACUGGCAGAAGCUCGACCAGCCCUGCAGUCACCUUGGUGAUGUCAGAGCUGAGGUCAUGUGUAAUGCUGGGAUUUCAGCUUCCAUCACUCAGACCGAGGUCAUUGUAGGGUCACCUGGAAGCUACGAAUGGCAAGGUAACGUACACGUGUCCUGGAUGAAUCCCGUCGACGUCUUUGAUUCUAAACAAAGUUUCUUCCCGAACAUGAAGCUCAGGAACAUUUAUAUCGGAUACUCGGUUGCUCAGGCUCGUUGUCUUCUCUCUGAAGAUGAUGUUACCAUAGUAACAGGAGCUCCUAAGGACAGUAAAGACGACGCUCGUGGCUCAGUGCUGUUGGUGGUGAAACAGAACAAUGAACUGGUCGUUCAGCAGACGCUCCGCGGUGAACAGACGGGCUCUUACUUUGGUAACGCCGUGGCAACAACCGACCUCAACAACGACGGGUGGAAUGACCUGCUGGUGGGCGCUCCUUUUUACUUCCAUCGCGAGCAGGAGGCGGGCGGGGCAGUUUAUGUCUACAUGAACUCAGGAGGAGGGUUUGACUCUGGACCCAGUGUGGUGCUGAGAGGACCGGCCCAAUCUGCGUUCGGUAUGACUGUCGCUGCUGCAGGAGACUUGAACCAAGAUGGCUUCCAGGAUUUUGCCGUUGGAGCUCCGUUCUCUGAAACAGGAAGUGUGAUGAUCUGGACCGGGAGUAGUGAGGGGGUUUCUACAGAACCGAGCCAGGUGAUCAGGGGAAGCAGUGUCGCGCCUCGGUUCAGGACGUUCGGGUUCUCUCUGUCUGCAGGUGUAGAUGUUGAUGGGAACAAAUAUCCAGACCUGGUGGUUGGUUCUCUGGACGACACUGUCGCUCUGCUCAGAACUCGUCCCGUCAUCCACCUCAAUAAAACGCUCAGAAUUUCUCCGGACAUCGUCGACCCCGACAUCUGCGACUUCUGCAUUGAGGUUGAGGUGUGUUUCUCCUACAUCUUCAGCACUGGAGAGAAGAAUGACAGAGACAACAUCACCGUCCACUUCGCUGUGGCUGCUGAUGUCACCAGCCUGAAGCCUCGCCUCCGUUUCCACGAGAACAGGCAGAGCACGUACUCUGGUUACCUGACAAUGCCGAAGACGCGAUGUGAUUCCCUGAGAGUCGGGCUGCUGAGUCCGAUUCGAGACAAACUACAACCUCUGGUCUUCUCACUGAACGUAUCUUUGUACGAGAAGCCUCCCAAGAAAAGAAGUGUCUUUCAGGAUCUGAAGCUCCUCCCAGUGCUGAGCCACACCCCACAACCCAUCCGAACCCAGAUACAUAUCCAGAAGGCCUGUGGUUCUGAUAACCGUUGCCAUAGUAACUUGCAGAUGACGGCCCAGUUCACAGACGAGAACCAGAAACCCCUCAGCAUGAAGAAGAACAAACAAGUGUUGAACUACAACUCCGGCAUUAACAGAUUGUUUUUGGAGGUUAAUGUCAGCAACACACCGUCACAGGGCCGACAAGCAGAGGACGCUCACAACGCCAUUUUGAACAUCAGCAUCCCACCAUCACUCAUAUACUCCGGAAUUCGAACAAAGGCAGUGAAGGCUGACGUCACAGCAGCGGAAUGUUCUGUCCAUCACACGGUUCUUCAGUGUGAGCUGGGGAACCCGUUCAAGAGCAACCACAAGGUUCAGUUGUUCAUCAUAUUUCAAACGUCUGACAUCAGUUUGGAAACAAGAGAAAUUCAGACUCUCCUGCAGCUGUCAACUCUCAGUGAACAACAUCUGUCUCCUGUCUCUGUCUCCAUGUUGGUGGAAUAUUCGCUGCAGACGUCCCUCACACUAAUCAGUUCACCAGGCCCCGCCUCCUUCAGUGGUCAUGUGAUCGGUGAAUCGGCCACAAAGAAGACAGAGGACGUCGGCAGUUUGCUGCUCUUCACCUUCCAGGUGCACGUCAACGGGAAGCCACUGGGUCACCAAGGCAACCUGGAGGUGGAGUUUAAUUGGCCGAGUGUGCUGUCCAAUGGGAAGUGGCUGUUGUACCUCACAGAGAUCCGAGUGCACGGCACAUCAGAGCCUCGCUGCAAUCCGCCCGAUGACAUCAUCAACCCUCUCAACCUUGUGCUGCCAAUGGAGAAGAGGAAGGGGAGGGGUCUGGAGGAGGAGAUGAGGGGGCGGGGUCUGGAGGAAGAGGCGGAGGAGAAGAGGGGGAGGGGUCAGGAGGAAGAGAAGAAAAAGAGUGAUAAAUCUCCACCCAUCCUCCACCUGCAUCAACAGAAGAGAAAGUCAUACACACUGGACUGUGUUCAUGGAGCCAAAUGUGUGACGUUUGUUUGUCCGUUAAUCAACAUGAAAAACUCAGCAACCCUGAGCGUGAGAGCCAGAAUCUGGAACUCAACCAUGAUCGAGGAUUACAGCGAUGCCAGGAGUGUGUUGGUUCGAGGCCGGGCGACCCUGAAGCUGCGGACUAACAAACACACCAUCAACAUAGGGUCUCAAAGCACUGAGAUUGAGGUCCACAUUUACCCAGACCUGGGGCAACAGGUGGACUCCAGCGCCCCCUUGUUGAUCAUUGGGGUGUCCAUGGUGGCUGGAGUAUUACUGCUGGCUCUGAUCUGCCUGGUGCUCUGGAAGUGUGGGUUCUUCAGGAGAGCCAGCACCAGAGAGCUGUACGAGGCAAAGUCGCAGACGGCUCACGUGAAGAGGCUGGAGUCUGAGCACGAGAGGCUGAGCAAGGAGCUCUGAGUCUGGGCACGAUGCUGCCAGAGAGCCCUGUAGUAAGGACCAGCUCCAGACUGACUUACUGCCUGGCUAACAAACUGGAUAACUUACUGACUGCUUUACUUACUGGUUGGUUAACUUACUGACCGGUCAACUUACUGGCUGGAUAACUUACUGACUGGCUAAUUUACUGACUGGCUAACUUACUGGCUGGUUGGUUUUGUCUCAACCUGCUUCUGAUCGAUCAGUUUGUCAAUAAUAAACAUUGAUGAGUUUAUUCAGAUUCACAGUGAAAUGAAUUUCAGGAGGUUUAAUUGUUGCUGAGUUUCACAGUUCACGUCUUCACUCGUGUAUGUGUGUGUCUCUGUGUGUGUAUAUCUCUGUGUGUUUAUCUGUGUGCGAACAUUUAAUCAGUUUCAUGUAACUUGAGUGAAAUUAUCCAGAGUUGUGAAACAGGGCCCCCACCCAGUCCGUGGUCAGUCAGGGUAUCACACUGUUGUUAAACUAGCUUAGUUUUUUAGAUGCGUUAAACGAGCGAUUCUCAAAGUUAAUAAACUAAUUUAAAGUCAGGUUAAGGAAGUGAAGAGAAUGAAGAGUGCAGUGGUACGUUCCUUUAAUAACCACAGGGGGGCAGCAGGACAUGGUUUACAUGUUUAUGUGUGUAAUAAUUUUAUCUGUAGUCAACUUUUCACUAUCUCGUGUUUUUAUGAUUUACAGUGACAACAUUGAUUUAUUGAAUUAAUUAAAUCUUUAUGUGAUGCUGUAAUGUUUCCCAUAAUGCACCACUACCCAGAAUCCUCUUGGAGUCUAAGAUACAGUCAGAUCCCAUUCUUCAUCUUCAUCGAGAUCAAACUCAUUCACCUGAAAAACAAAUAUCAUUACAUUUGCUCUGGUUGUAAAUGUCUGUGUUACAUGAAAAUGUUUGUUUACUCUGUAAGAUUAUAUCCAUAUAAAAACAUGCAUAUAUAUAUAUAUAUAUUCA